ACUGUUCAUUGGUUCAUUCAGUUUCAGUCAUAGUUUUCGUCUCAGUGCUUCGGUUGAUGUAUUCUGCAUGCCAAGUUCAGUUGAUUUUUGGCUUCCUAACCUAUUUCAAGUUGAAAAUACUGUUAUAAGAAUAUCUGCCGAUAGCAUUUCGAACAGUGUUCUUUAAGGUUAUAAAAUACGGUACCGGUAGCAUUAAAGUGUUGUUCGUAAUGUAGGAAUUUGCAACUCAAAAACUUUUUCACAAAUAAAUCUGAACAGUUUUGGUUUUUGCACAUAGAAAGGAUAUUUUUGCAAUUGCAUUGUGAUGAGCGGUUGUCCGAAGGCAAUGGAGUAGCCGUUUCGGCGUCAGUCGUCAGUCGCCAUGUGUUCGGCGUGGAGUGAUGACGUGGACCCGCUAGCAUGCUGCCGUCUCGACUCCCGGUGCACGGGCUCAAUCGUCGUCCUCGGCUGUCAUCCUCGGAAUGGCUGCACGCAGGUCUAAGCUGUCCUGGGCCUGUGGCCUCAUUCUCGGACUGGCUGCCGGCCUGGUCAUCCUCGGCGGACGCCCCGGAUCCGGACCGACAGUCUCCCGGUGUCAAGGCGCCGACGAACAGGCAUUCGACAGCAUGUACCCCGUGGAAGAGGACCCGUUCGCGGUGAUCGGACUGGACGCUGAGGGGGGAGAAGGAGACCCGCCCAGCCGGGGUCCGACAGACCCCCGUCGCUCGCUGCUGUUUGUCGGCGUGAUGACCGCCAAAAAGUACCUCGCAACACGAGCGGUCGCGGUCCACGAGACCUGGGGCAAAGAGCUGCCCGGCAAGAUCGCGUUCUUCUCGUCGGAGGGGUCCCGCAGACCCCCCGGGCAUCCACGGCUGCCUCUGGUCGCUCUGAGGGGCGUGGAUGAUUCGUAUCCCCCUCAGAAGAAGUCGUUCCUCAUGCUGCAGUACAUGUGGGAAAACUAUGGUGACCGAUUUGAGUGGUUUGUUCGAGCAGAUGACGAUGUUUACAUGCGACCAGAUCGCCUGGCUGCCUUGCUUCGCUCAGUUGAUUCUUCGCGGGCCUACUUUGUGGGUCAGGCGGGUCGGGGUAACCAGGAGGAGUUCGGUUCGCUGUCUCUGGAGUACGACGAGAACUUCUGUAUGGGUGGCCCUGGGGUGGUACUCAGUCGGGAGACGCUGGCUCGGGUGGCCCCCCACGUCAGGGCGUGCCUCGGCAACCUCUACACCACCCACGAGGACGUCGAACUGGGUAGAUGUGUGCGUCGCUUUGCCCGUGUUUCCUGCACCUGGUCUUACGAGAUGCAGACAAUUCUCUAUCAUAAUUCUAGCGGUAAGGAUGCAUUUACAGGCAGUCUAAAAAUGAAGGAGGUACAUAGAGCGAUCACUCUGCAUCCCAUAAAAAGGCACAACCACCUCUACCGGAUACAUAACUACAUGAAGGGUCUGAAAAUACAUGACGCUCAGCAGAGAAUUCUGCAGCUGCAUCGAGACUUGGCGGCCAUGACAGCUCUGCUGGGGCGUCCCAUUAACCAAGUGAUCUCCGAACGGCCGUUCCAUAGCAAACUGAUUGGGGACUCGUCAAUGCUAGGAUUGAAACCCAGCCUUCACAAGUUCCAGCCGCGCGUGGAACAGGACGUUAUAGAGUGGGACUUCAUCUAUCGGUCGCUGUAUUCCAGCUCCAACUUGAAUCCGAGGCGUCGGAUGGAGUCGGCCCUUCGCGAGGGCUUGGACGAUGUCAUAAGAGAGGUGAUGGACAUGAUCAACCAAUAUUCGAGGCAGCGUGGUCGUGUGAUCGAUUUUAAGGAAAUUUUAUACGGCUACCAUCGCAUGAAUCCCGUAUUUGGAGCUGACUACAUUCUAGAUUUGCUGCUGGUCUACAAAAAGUACAGGGGCCGGAAAAUGACUGUGCCCGUGAGACGUCAUGCUUAUUUGCAACAGCAAUUCACAGGACUGGAAAUACGUGAAAUGAAGAAUGGGGCGGAAGUAGUGCAACCACACGACGAGACAGUGGGUGAAGGCACAGAGGACGACAAUGAAGGAGUUCAGGGCCAAGAAGAGGCGGGAGGUCUGCGGGAGGGACUGCUACGUUUGACUGAGGGCCUCAUGAUGUCGGCCACUAACGAAAAACAGCCCGAAAAACUCAUCAACUUCAUCCUGCCACUUGCCGGACGAUUCAGCACAUUCCAACGAUUCGUGAAAAACUUUGAAGAAGUGUGUUUAGAGACUCGUGAACGUGUUUCACUGAUUGUGGUAUUGUUUCCCAGUGAAGACGACAGUAGUGUGGAGGAGACAUUCACACUGGUUAAAGCUCUACAGAGCAGACAUGCGUGGGCCAGAAUUGAAGUGAUCCCAGUGUUUGAUGGUUUUGCGAGGGCUAAUGCGUUGCAUCUGGGCGCUCAACAUGUCAGCUCGCCGGUUGAUGAUCUCCUACUGUUCAUCGAUGUAGACAUGGUGUUUGACGCGUCAGUGUUGAGACGUGUCAGACUGAACACAGUGCGCGGCAAGCUGGCCUACUUCCCGAUUGUGUUCAGUGAGUUCGACCCGGGUGUGGUGUAUGCUAAUGGUACGGCGAUCAGUCACUUCCUCAUCGACGAGGUGACGGGCUACUGGAGACAGUAUGGCUUCGGCAUAGCCAGUGUCUACAAGAGCGAUCUCAUUCAGGUGGGUGGCUUGAACGUGUCAAUCCGCGGCUGGGGGAAGGAGGACGUAGACCUGUUUGACAGAUUCGUGGCAGACGCACGCCUGCAUGUGAUGCGCGCGCCAGAUGCGCGUCUGGUGCACGUGUGGCACACGGUCGAAUGCAGCAGCCACCUCAGCGAGCAGCAGACGCGCAUGUGCUGUGCGACACGCGCCGACACGUAUGCUAGUGCCCGGCAACUGGGCUCGCUCAUCCUCGACUCGCCGUCCAAAGACACAUGGCUCAGCUUUGCACGUGCUAGGAAUGCCAUCACUACAAGCUGACAUCACCACUUACACCCAUCACUACCAGCUGACAUCACUGGGUCCAUACUUUACUUUACCUCACUCUACUAUACCGUACAGUCCGGGUCCUUUUGCUUUGCCUAUCGGCGGACGGCCACUAGACUACAAUACUACCCGUUCA